AUGACUUCAAAACGUACAAGAAUCAUCGUCGACAGUGAUGAAGAAGAGGUCGGCUCCAUUUCGAGUCCCCAUAGCCGGCGUCGCCACAUCAUCUCCAAUUCAACAGCAAUCACCCUCCAAAGGGCACUCAAUCCCUGGUUCCACGUCGUUCAUGACGCACGCAGUAUGCCAUGGCGCAAACGUUAUGACCCAGCUUUGUCGGCUGUCCAAAAAGCGCAGCGGGCUUAUGAAGUAUGGGUAUCCGAGAUUAUGCUCCAGCAGACACGCGUAGACACCGUCAUCCCAUACUAUAAUCGCUGGAUGCAAACAUUUCCUACAAUCAAGGAUCUGGCUGGGUCCAACAUUGAACAGAGACUCCUCGAAGGUGCCCAACUUGUCGUUGACAAAUUCGACGGUAAACUCCCAGACGACGCCACUGUCCUCCAAGCCUCUGUCCCAGGCAUCGGUCGCUACUCUGCUGGUGCAAUAUGCUCCAUAGCAUACGGCAAAUGCGUACCAGUCCUCGACGGAAACGUCCACCGACUCCUCUCACGCGUCCUCGCGCUCUAUGCAAACCCAAAAGCUAAAGCGACUACAAAUCUCCUCUGGGACGCCGCACAGGCCAUUGUCGACGACGCAGAGGACCCGGGGGCGAUCAACCAAGCACUCAUCGAACUAGGGAGUACCGGAUGCACCCCUCGCGAACCAAAGUGCGCCGGCUGUCCUAUCAACACCCACUGCAACGCCUAUAAAUGGAAACUCAAUAAACUUUCAACGGACAUGGAAGACUUGUGCAAUGUAUGCGAACCGAUUCCACCUGGUCCACCAGAUGUCACGCUCUUCCCGAUGAAAGUAGAGAAAAAGGCUGUGCCAGAGGAAACAGACGUCGUGUGUGUCGUUUCAUGGCAAGCAACCCCACACCUCGCACAGCACUACCUCCUCCGUAAACGACCUGCGACAGGCUUACUCGCAGGUCUAUGGGACUUUCCAGUCGUACCCAACGUCUCGAGCUCUACGUCAUUCGAAGAACACGCCCGUCCUCUCGUGCGCUUGGCUUUCCCGUCCGUGGACGAUGAGGGUACGUUGCAGAUCAAGAAUGUCACAUCGAUAGGCUCCGUGCUACACGUCUUUUCCCAUGUCAAAAAGACGUUUCAAGUCGUUUGUAUUCAGCUAUGUGGAGCACAAAACGACGAUUCGGAUAUGCCACCCCAAGUUACUCCCGGUGAAUGGAUGGACGACCUCCAGCAAUCGACCGACGUACCUAAACGACCGACGAAGAAGCAAAAGACGGAGAAGAAGCCCAAAGACGAAGACGAGGAUAGGUUAAAGUGGGUGCUCGAAGCCAAUGUCGGGCAGGAAAAUCUAGGGACAGGGACGAUGAAAGUUUGGUCCCUUGUCACCUCCAAGGGAGGCGCGUCGAAGAAACCUCGGGCAACGCGUAAACCAAAAGCCAAGUUGACAGACGACGAUGAAGAUGACGAAUAA